AUGGAGACGCCCGCCGUAUCGCAGCUGUUCAAGCAGCUUUUCCAACAUCGCCCAUGCCAGACAUGUCUCACGCGCCACGUUCGACAAGCCCCACGCCGUCUCUACAGCUCGCAGAAGCAAUACACUAGCCCAAACUACCAAGGACGCCGAAAAGAAGACAGCAAACUUGAGAGCAACUGGCAACAACGCAGCUCCUCUUUCCCUCCGGACAAGCUCGAAGAAUACAAGAGAUACCCACAAGUCACCUCCGAUGGCCUCCGCGCAAGAAAGGAGCGACCGAGGAGAGUACGCAUGCUGAUGCGCGACUUCAUCGAAGAUAGCCUGUACAACCCACAAUACGGCUACUUUUCAAAGCACGUCGUCAUCUGGACUCCUGGUGAACCUUUCGACUUCAACCAACUUCCUGACGAACAAUCCUUCUACCGCGAAUAUGGCCAAAGGUACAACGACUUUGAGGAUCAGCUGGAUGCAAAAGAAUACAACGAGACUCGCCAAUUAUGGCAUACUCCUACAGAACUCUUCCGCCCAUACUAUGGUGAAGCCAUUGCCCGCCAUCUGGUCGCAAACUACAAGUUGCAACUAUAUCCUUAUCAUGACCUUCUCAUCUAUGAAAUGGGUGCUGGAAAUGGAACUCUGAUGAUGAACAUCCUCGACUACAUUCGUCAAACAGAUCCUGAAGUCUACGCUCGCACCCGGUUCCGUGUCAUUGAAGUCUCCUCCGCUCUGGCUUCAAUUCAGGGAAGUCAAUUGAUGAAGAACGCCCAGGCAAAGGGUCACGCGGAUAACGUUUCCAUCAUCAACAAAUCAAUCUUCGAUUGGGACAUCUAUGAGGCUUCUCCUUGCUUCUUCCUAGCCAUGGAAGUUUUUGACAACUUUGCCCACGAUGUUAUCAGAUACGAUCCAUUCACCGAAGAACCACUCCAAGGCUCCGCUCUCAUCGACGCAAAUGGCGAUUUCUUCGAAUUCUACUCCAGGGACAUAGACCCCGUGGCUUCACGCUUCCUGCGUGUCAGAGAUGCCGCAUGCAGCGACAUCAACUACGCUCAUCCUCUACGCAACUCUCCCGCCACGCUCAGAAAGUUGAGGAGUAAAUUACCUUUUGCUCCCAACCUGAGCACGCCAGAGUAUAUUCCUACGAGGUUGAUGCACUUUUUCGAUAUUUUGCACAAGUAUUUCCCUGCGCAUAAAUUGGUUACUUCAGAUUUCCAUGCUCUGCCUGAUGCAGUGGAAGGCGUCAAUGCUCCUGUGGUUCAGACCCGUUAUCAGCGUCGCAUGGUUCCAGUGACUACACCUCUGGUCCACCAAGGGUUCUUCGAUAUUCUGUUCCCCACAGACUUUGCAGUCAACGAAGCCAUCUACCGCGCCAUCACUGGCAAACUCACCCGUGUCAUGAAGCACGAGGACUUUUUCAAGAGAUGGGCGUACGUCGAAGAUACUCAGACGAGGAAUGGAGAGAACCCCUUGUUGAGCUGGUACAAGAACGCUUCUGUAAUGAUUACUGUAUAG